GCCUCUGUGACGACUAAAAUCAAAACAACAUCGCAACAGGGCAGCGUCCCCCCUCCUGGGUGCCCCAACAAAACUGGAUGACCAGCUCGCAUCCGCCGGAUAGACACCUUGGCAACGACGACGUCCUCCACUGCACUGUUGACUCUUGUUGGCAGAGACUCGUAAAGCGUCACGUCUCCGGGCCGUCUCGGCGUAAACUUCCGCUGACUCGCCGUCGUUUGAAAUUCCGAGUGAGUCAGACAGCGUUGUCUGCGAGCGACUCGAUCGACGACUGCCCCCCGCUGCACCUCCGAAGUCACCCCUCUUUCUUCUACACAGACGCCAGCGGACUGACGACCGCAUUAUUACACCCACGAUGCGCUCUCCGGUCUCUCUGGUGCUGCUGCUUGGGCUGUUCUGCCUAUCGGUGACGUCACUACCCACUGGCUACCCUGUGGCUAACCCGUAUUCCUUGGCGUACUCCGACUACCCGCUCCCGUACCACACCGGUUACGCCCAGCCAUACCAGGCCACCUACCAAACUGGCUACCAACCUGGCUACCAACCUGACUACCAGUCCUACCAGUCCGGUUACCAGCCCGGCUAUCCCGGAGGUUACCAGACGGUAGUCUUCGGACUCGGGUCCCCCACGCGCCACGUCCUGUUUCCGACCACGGUGCCGAACGCGCGCCCCGUGCUCAUUCCUCUGGUGCCGGUGGUGCAGCAGCAGCCGCAGCAGCAGCCGCAGCAGCAGCCGCAGCAGCCCCCCAGGCGGUCCCAGCACCCGGACAGACACGACAGACCGGUGAUUGUGAACCCCGCACAGGUCAUCCGGGCAGAGGAACCCGACAACCGUCGCCACAGCACCGGGCGUCACGAACCUGAAGAGGUCAUUGACGUCAUCGUUGACCGGAAGCCCGUCACCGCACAGUAGACAGUGCUGCUCCUGGUGGUCGAUACGGAAAACGAAUACAGGGAUAAAGGCGUCAGAACAUUAAAGAACAUAGCAA